UCACACCGUAAAAACAAAACUUUUCCGGCUUGCAGCUUAGUACUUCAUGUUUUCUAAAAUAACAAGAACCACUUGGCAUAAUUAAGUUUGUUUUCAUACACGAAGUACAUAGGUGACGAUGUUUGCAUUAAUCUGGAGUGGAGAGGUUUUGCCUGAGCGCAUACUCAAGUAAGAGAGUGCUAUUGGUAUUCCUAGCGUUGCGUAUUGAUGGAAUCAGACAAUCAGCAGCUCGUCGGACAACUCGUGUUUGACACUCAGUCUCUUGGUGAGCGAGCGAUGGACAAGGAAAUUGAGGUCGAAGUCGGCGAUGGAGGUGGUGAUGCGCAAGUCGUUUCUAGCACGCCGUGCUGGCACAUAUUGAAGGACCGGCCCAGACUCUGUGAAAUAAUCCAUGGCCAGAAGGCACAAUACACCAUUAUUGCACUUGUAAUCAUUGAUUGCAUUAUUGUCAUUGCUGAGUUGCUGGUUGACUUAGAGAUAUUGAAAGUUCACCAUGAUAACCCGGCACCACACAUCUUGCAUGAUGUCAGCAUAGCUAUCCUGAGUCUGUUCAUAAUUGAGUUGAUUGUUAAAAUAUAUGCAAUGGGCAUGGAAUUCUUCCAUCAUAAACUGGAGGUGUUUGAUGGGAUUGUGGUGAUUGUGUCAUUUGCUCUUGACAUAGCAUUCAGUGGAGGAAAUGCAGCAGAAGGCGCAAGUCUUUUGAUUAUACUUAGAUUAUGGCGUGUUACAAGAAUAGUCAAUGGAAUUAUUCUGUCUGUGAAAAUGCAAGAUGAGAAGAAAAUCCACCAUCUUCACAAAGUUAUUGAGGAGCUUCAGGAGGAACUUGAUAGACUCAAAACCAGAAAUGCUGAACUUGAGAAUGAACUAAAAGCAUUAAAAGGCAUCAAAGAAGAACCUGUUGCAGAGGAAGUCACAACGUGAAAAUACCAUCACUUUAUAAUGAUGAACAUUUUUAGGUGAUACUUGACUGUAAAAAGUGCUUGCUUCACUCCUCGUGAGGCAACAAGGCUAUAUUUCUUUGGUGAAAAGAAAGCACUUUCUCUUUAUACGUCUUUUAAAACGAGUCUUAAAAAGCGUCUUUCAUUAUUGGUUCAUGGACCUAUUUUUUUCUUUUAAUUGUCAAUUGUUUUUGUAAAGACUAAAGACGCUUCACAAAACAUAGGUUUUUACUCUUCAAAUCAUUUUUAAGAAUGCGGAGGUUAUUGCACGAGACUGGCUUAACAAAACGUCCCUACAGGGGUGUUCUUGAGUCGUAAAAUGCCAGCCGCCAUUUCGUCAUCCUUGCAAAAUACCAGAUGUAAGAAAGCAUCCAUAUCCAUCGCCUGAUUUGGGAAGGAUUGAAUUAAGGUAAAUGAAGUACAAAACGUUGCUUUUAUAAGGUUAUUUCUAAAUUUUGUCCCUUAAAAUUUGUCUUUUAAAAUUUAAAGAAAACAAUAAAAAGAUGUGGCUAACAAGGCAUCUUUAAGCCCCACAUUUUGCUAAACUAGUUGAACCGAGUUUGUACUUAUAGUAUGCAGAAAUAUUCAAGUGAGAGUGUUUUCACAUUUAUUUCCAUAACUUCGUUAGUGUACAACUGCCACUGCAUGCUGAAUUUAUUUAGAAUCACAAAAUGAUUUUUUUAGCAUAUAAAUCAUGAAAUUUGUGUAAGAAAAUGUUUUUUUUAUAAUAUGAUUAAUUUUAUCAACAGCCACAAAUGAAGAAUAACCAUACAGUGAAUUAAGAUAUUUUAGCUAGAAUUGUAAAUAAAACCCAUAAAAAAAGGUCCAUGAAUGUAGUAGUGUGAAGAAGAAUUCUCAGUUAUAAGAGAAGUAGGUAUUGUUCUCUUUGAUAAAUAAGGACCAAUCAA